UCGCUCUAAAUUUCUUCAUAUAAAUCCUUGCUAAGUUUUUUCAUCAUCUGAUCAAGUAAAAAUGGCGGAAACUCAAUCUCAAGGGACCCCAACGCUCUUUUCUCCUUACAAGAUGGGCAAGUUCAAUCUUUCUCACAGGGUGGUGCUGGCUCCUAUGACGAGAUGCAGGGCGUUGAAUGGAAUUCCGAGGCCGGCGCUUGCCGAAUAUUACACGCAGAGAUCGACCCCCGGCGGCUUUCUCAUCACCGAAGGGACAUCGGUAUCCGACACUGCCGCGGGUUUCCCACAUGUUCCUGGGAUCUACAAUGAAGAACAGGUGGGGGCAUGGAAGAAGAUUGUGGAUGCUGUUCAUGCAAAAGGAAGCCUCAUUUUCUGUCAACUCUGGCACGUUGGUCGAGCAUCACAUUCAGUGUAUCAGCCUGGUGGGGCGGCACCGAUAUCAUCGUCAAACAAGCCUAUCUCAAAUAGGUGGAGAAUUCUUAUGCCUGAUGCGACUUAUGGCAUUUAUCCGAAACCUCGAGCUCUAGAUGUCUCUGAAAUAGAAGUGGUUGUCGAACACUACGGCAAGGCGGCCUUCAAUGCCAUUCGAGCCGGUUUUGAUGGGGUCGAGAUUCAUGGAGCACAUGGAUAUCUAAUCGACCAGUUCUUAAAAGAUGGGAUCAAUGAUCGAAUAGAUGAGUACGGUGGAUCAUUGGCAAACCGGUGUAAAUUCUUAAUGCAAAUCGUUCGAGCUGUAGCUGAAGCAAUUGGUGCAGAUCGAGUAGCUAUCCGAAUUUCACCUGCAAUCGAUCACCUAGGCGCCAUCGACUCUAAUCCGCUCAAAUUAGGCUUGGCAGUAAUCGAGAAACUCAAUGAGUUUCAGCUACAGUUUGGGUCGAAACUCGCUUACCUUCACGUGACUCAACCUCGAUAUCAUGCAUACGGGCAAACUGAACAAGGCAAGCAUGGUAACGAAGACGAGGAAGCUUAUUUAAUGAGGACUCUGAAGAGGAGUUACGAUGGAACUUUUAUGUGCAGUGGUGGAUUCACAAGGGAGCUUGGAAUGCAAGCAGUGGCCGAGGGCGAUGCGGAUCUGGUAUCGUAUGGACGUCUUUUUAUCUCGAAUCCGGACCUGGUUUUGAGGUUGAAGGUUAAUGCGCCGUUGAAUAGGUACAUCAGGAAGACGUUUUAUACUCAGGAUCCUGUGGUCGGAUACACAGACUACCCCUUCCUGGUGAUACAAUCUCGCCUUUGAUGUGCAGUGGCUGUGUUGUUUUCACAUUUAUAUUUGGCAUUCAAGUUGUGGAACCUAUGCUCCAUUGCUUCUUCCUACAUAAAUAAAUUUCGAACGUGACACGUC